GUUAUUUCAUGUUGUCAGGAUCAUCAUGACAUGAUGCAGCAUCACACUGGGAAUCUACAAUAUUCCAGACGUCAUAGUAAGUGCUCUACACGCACUUUCCAAUUUGACUUUCAUAGCAAUCCUGUCAGGUAAGGCUUAUUUUCCCCAUAUUAUUGACGAAGACAAAAGGAAAUUAUCUUUAAAAAUUCUAUUCUUAUAGGUUUCUCAUUCAAAAAUAACUAUGCAGCAGAGAUUAACAGCAAUUAGAAGCAACAAGGAAGCUUAGGAUGGCCUGGCCUGAUUUUACUGACAUGCCUGAACCGGCUAAGUCUGCUCCUGCCCCUAAAAAGGGCUCUAAAAGAGCUGUGACCAAGGCCCAGAAGAAGGACGGCAAGAAGCGCAAGCACAGCCGCAAGGAGAGCUACUCUGUGUACGUGUACAAGGUGCUGAAGCAAGUCCAUCCGGACACCAGCAUCUCCUCCAAGGCCUUGGGAAUCAUGAACUCCUUCCUCAAUGACAUUUUCGAGAGCAUCACUGGCAAGACAUCACGCCUGGCGCAUUACAACAAGCGCUCGACUAUCACAUCCAGGGAGAUCCAGACCGCCGUGCGCUUGCUGCUACCUGGGGAGCUGGCCAAGCACGCCCGAGUCCGAGGGCACUAAGG